AUGGUAUCUCGCCGAUUGAGCGCGCCUCUUAGCAUUGAUCAGAGGGUUGACAAGAUUCUGUCAGGCAUUCCAAUGAUUGAUGGGCACGAUGAUCUUCCAAUCUCCAUUCGGGCUUUUUUCAACGACAAGAUUUAUGCGGACCAAUUCACUGUUCCUUUUACCCAAGGAAACCUCAAAGGUCAUGUUGACCUGCGGCGGCUUUCAAAGGGCAAAGUCGGCGGUACCUCUUGGAGUGUGUAUGUCGAGUGUCCUAAGAAUUGGGAGGAUUUCUCUGAUGCAACGUAUACGACGAGCGUUCGUCAAACAUUUGAGCAAGUCGAUCCCAUGUCGCGCCUAGCAAACGCCUACCCUGACACAUUUUCAUCGCCUCCGAAUGGAACAACCGCACUUCAAGCUUUCCUUGAUGGCAAGAUCAUUUCUCCCUAUGGAAUUGAGGGCCUGCAUCUAUCGCACGGCAGUAUCAAAAAGGCUGUUCCGCACUGGCAUGGGAUUAGUGAAGCCGGAAAGGAUCUUGUCUAUGAGAUGAGCCGAAUGGGCAUGAUAGUCGAUCUCGCUCACGUCAGUGUGGACACAAUGCGAGAUGUCCUUGGUGCCGAUGAGCUACCAAAGACUGAUAUGGAGCAUGCUGCUCUUGGAAAAGUUGCGGACCACAUUAAGCACAUUGGUGGUCUGAUUGGCUUUAAGCAUAUUGGUUUAGAUAGCGACUUUGACGGUAUCCCGACUGUUCCUCGAGGUCUAGAGGAUGUUGAUGAGGAUGCUGCCAAGGUCGCAGGGGGUAACCUACUACGCGUAUGGAAGCGGGUCGACGAGGUCGCCCUGCAGAUGCAAGCUGAAGGAGCUUUGCCGGUGGAAGACAAUAUAGUCUAUGUUGCUUGA